GUCCCGACGCCGCGCUGAGCCCCGCCGGGGGGAGGAGAUGCGCUGAGCCCCGCGGGCCCCCCGCCAUGGAGGAGGACGGGGGGGGGCUGCCGGUGGCCGCCUGGCUGGCGGCCCUGCACCUGGAGCAGUACGCCGACGCCUUCGAGCGCAGCGCGCUGCGCACCGUCCGGGACUGCCGCGCGCUGACGGACGAGGGGCUCACCCGCCUGGGCGUGCUGCUGCCCGGCCACCGCAAGCGCAUCCUGCUGGGGGUCCAAAAAGCUUCGCCGAGCCCCCCCCCGAGGAAGCCGGUGCCCAUGAAGCGCCACGUCUUCCGCCAAGGGGCUGGCACCGCCGUGCCGACGGAGCCCCCCCGGUCGCCGCCGCCGGAGCCCGAGGGGGCUGCGAGCGUCGCCCUGCUGCCGCCCCCCAUCCCGCCCAGGGUGGGCUGCCGGCCCCCCGUUAAGUUCUCGCCGGCUGCCAGCAGCCCCGAGCCGCCCCCCCCCUGCAGUCCGGCCCCGGAGCUGCCCCCCCUGCCAGCCCCCAAAGCCGAGAGCCGGGCGAGACCCCCGCUGCCUCCUCUGCCGGCCAAGCGUCACCAGGUGGAAGGCAAAUGCCAGUCCCUGAAGACCCCCCCGGCCCCCAGCCGCCCGCCCGCGCUGCCCCCCAGGGCCGGGUCCCAGCACGAGGCCAGCAGGGUUCCUGCCAAGGAGGAGGUCCCCGUCCCCGUCCCCGACAGGGAACCCCUCGUCCCUCCGUCCCCGCCGGCCCUGCUGCCCCGUGCCAAGCCGCAGCCGGCCCCGCAGCCCCAGGCGCCCUCCAAGCCCUCCUGUCCCUUCGUGCCCGAGUUCGAUGACUCUGACUACGAGGACUCCGCCUGGGAGGAGGAAUUAGCCAGCCCCGCGGGGCAGAUGGCCGACAAGGAGGACGCUGAGGCUGUGCCGGGUCGGCCGCGCUCCCUGCGCUUCAACAGCCUCUUCAGCGAGGACGAGCUCAUCGAGGACUGCUACGAUGCUCCCCCGGCCAACGCAGGCAGAGGCUGGAGCGACGACGGCCCCAGCCCCGGCGCGCUCGGCGACGGCAUGGAGAGCUCGGCCGCCGCGCAGCUCUCGCCCACCAUCCGAGCGGGGUGGCUGGACAAGAACCCGCCGCAGGGGUCCUACAUCUACCAGAAGCGCUGGGUGAAGCUGGACGCCGACUACCUCCGCUAUUUCGACAGCGAGAAGGACGCCUACUCCAAGCGCUUCAUCCCCGUCUCCUCCAUCUCGCGCGUAGCCAGCGUCGGGGACCAGAAAUUCGAGGUGGUCACCAACAACCGCAACUUCGUGUUCCGGGCUGAGAGCGAUGCCGACCGCAACGAGUGGAUCCAGACCCUGCAGCAGGUGGCGGAGGAGCGCAAGGGCAAAGCUCCCGAGAGGACGCCGGUGGUCCCGACCGCCCCCGACACCACGGAGCCCGCGGACAAGAGCGGCUUCCUGGAGCUGCGGGGGUUCAAGCACAAGCUGUUCGUGGCCGUGGCCGGGGACAAAGUUUUCCUCUACAAGAACUCGGAGGACUAUCGGCAGGGCAUCGGCAUCACCUACAUCGAGAUGAACGUGGGGAACGUCAAGGAGGUGGACCGCAGGGGCUUCGACCUGACGACGCCCUACAGGAUCUUCAGCUUCUCGGCCGAGUCGGACCAGGAGAAGGAGGAGUGGGUGGAGGCCAUGCGGCACGCCAUCGCCGAGGCCCUCUCCAACUCGGAGGUGGCGGAGAGGAUCUGGGCGCUGGAGCCCAACCGCUUCUGCGCCGACUGCGGCUCGCCCCAGCCCGACUGGGCGUCCGUCAACCUCUGCGUCGUCAUCUGCAAGAGAUGCGCAGGGGAGCACCGGGGCCUGGGGCCCGGCAUCACCAAAGUCCGAAGCCUGAAGAUGGACAGGAAGGUGUGGACGGAGGAGCUGAUCGAGCUCUUCCAGCACAUCGGCAACGCCGUGGCCAACCAGUUCUGGGCCGCCAACGUGCCCCCCAGCGAGGCCAUCGGCCCCGGCAGCAGCAGCCAGGAGCGGCGGCGCUUCCUCGUCGCCAAGUACCGCGAGGGCAAGUACCGCCGCUACCACCCGCUCUUCGGCAACCAGGAGGAGCUCGACAGGGCCCUGUGCGCGGCCGUCACCACCAGCGACCUGGCCGAGACGCAGGCCCUGGUCUUCUGCGGGGCGGCGGUGACGUGCGCCACCGGGGACCCCCAGUGCCCGACCCCCCUGGCGCUGGCCGAGAAGAGCGGGCAGAGGCUGCAGAUGGAGUUCCUGCUGCACAACAAGACCUCGGAGACGCCGCGCCUGGAGGUGGUGGGCGGCGAGGAGAAGCACUACUCGGUGCUGCUGCCCUGCGUCACGCACAACGGCUUCCUCUACAAGACCCCCUCCAUGGCCAAGCCCGUCAGCGAGAGGAAGGGCCAGGAAGAGUUCAGCCGGCGGUGGUGCACGCUGCAGGACGGCGUCCUCAGCUACUACGAGAACGACCGCAACGCCGUGCCCAACGGCGAGAUCAAGGCGGAGGACAUCGUGUGCCUGGUGAACAACCCGCCCCACACCCACGGGAUCGAGAGCACGUUCGAGGUGUACAUCGAGUCGGAGAGGCUCUACCUGUUCGGGCUGGACUGCCCCGAGGCCGCUCGGGAAUGGCUCAAGUCCAUCGCCAAGUCCUUCGUCCCCCCCCACGCGGAGGAGCUGCUGAGCCACGACUUCGAGAGGAUCGGCCGCCUGCUCUACAAGGGGGGCCUCAACCUGGAGCGUGCCAAGGAGGGCUGGUUCGCCCUGGCCGGCUCCACGCUCCACGUCUGCUUCGAGGACAGCGAGCGCCACGAGGCUCUCCAGCUGCGCAAGCUGCAGGAGCUCUCCAUCCAGGGAGACAACGAGGUGCUGGUGCUGGUGGAGAGGCGGAGGACGCUGUACAUCCAGGGCGAGAGGAGGCUGGAUUUCCUGGGCUGGGUGCACGCCAUCCAGAAGGCUGCGGGCAGCUCGGGGGACACCCUGUCGGAGCAGCAGCUGACCGAGGGGGACGUCCCCAUGCUGGUGGACCGCUGCAUCGACUACAUCACGCAGUGCGGGCUGACGUCCGAGGGGAUUUACCGCAAGAGCGGGCAGAACUCGAAGACCACCAGCCUGCUGGAGAUGCUGCGCCGCGACGCCCGCAGCGUGCGCCUGAAGGAGGGCGAGCACCACGUGGACGACGUCGCCAACACCCUCAAGCGCUUCUUCCGCGACCUGGGCGACGGGCUCUUCACCCGGCGCUGGAGCCAGGACUGGCUGCGGGCCACGGCGCUGGAGGAUGAGGAGGCGAAGAUCGGGGAGUACCGGCGGCUCCUGGACACCCUCCCCACGGUGAACAGGGCCACGCUGAAGGCGCUCAUCAACCACCUCUUUCGGUACGGCAUGGGUCCCCAAAGCCCCGUGGGGCAUCACCCCAUCUGCUGGGGGGCCCCGGGGGGGGGGCGUGGGGUGCCGGAGAGCCCUCAUCCCUCCUCCGGCUCCCCAGGGACCCCUGUGCGUGUCCCCAAGCCCUGCGUGUCCCUGACAGAGCGGCCCUUGCACUACUCCGAGAAAGUGCUGCCCAUCCUGCACUGCCUGGGCACCGACAGCUACCUGGUGGUGAAGAAGCAGCUCUCCAUGGAGAACAUGCUCAUCUACCUCGCCAGCAGAGUGGGCGACUGCAAGCACGGCAUGAUGAAGUUUCGGGAGGAGAGGAACCUGCUGGGGCUCGGCCUCAGCACCGGCUUCCACGACCGCUACUUCAUCCUCAACCACACCUGCCUGCGGCUCUACAAGGAAGUGCGGAGCCUGAAGCAGCGGACCCCCGUGUUGGAGAACAGCCACAAGCCGGAGAAGGAGUGGCCCAUCAGGAACCUGCGGGUCUACCUGGGCAUCAAGAAGAAGCUUCGCCCCCCAACGUGCUGGGGCUUUACGGUCUUCUACGAGAACGAGAAGCACGAGAAGCAGCAAUGGUACCUGUGCUGUGACACCCAGGCCGACCUCCGGGAGUGGUUCGCCACCUUCCUCCACGUGCAGCACGGCGGUGCCCUGUGGCCCUCGGAGACCUGCAAGGUGCGGGCGUCGCGGCCGCAGCAGGACGCCAGGUUGGGUAACAUCUCCCUCAUCCCGCUGCGCGGCAAUGAGAGCGAGAUGAGGAACAGCGUGGCUGCUUUCGCUACCGACCCGCUGACCCUCCUCCGAAACGUCUGAGCUGGAGGCCUGACACGGCAGGUUCAUCUGCGAGCGGGGAAGCCCUCGGGGAGCCGGCGCCACGGCGGUGACCUGCGGGCAGCCGGGAGGGGACACGGCGGCAGCGGGGGCAGUGGCCACGGACCCCCGGGGGGGGAACCAGGCUGGGCCACCCCCACCCCGGCUGCUGCUGCUGCUCCGAGCCCCGGGCAGGGAAGCAGCGCCCGGCCGGGCACCCACAGUAGGGGGCUCGUCCUUCCCCUCCUCCUCCCCCCUCUGUUUUUACAUCCCUCCUAUAAAAGGAUGCGCGGAGCCCCGGCCCCGCAGCUCCCCAUCGCUCCUGGAGAGCCGGUGGCCCAGCCCCGGGGUCCGCAGCCCCCCC